AUGAGAGUCCUGGAAGAAAUCAACGUCAUUGUUCGCGCUAUCGAGUCUGGUUCGAUCGAUCCGGCCGACCAAGGAAUGACCGACGCUGUGCUACACUGUCACCCUUCUGUAUCUAUUGAAACUCCUGGUCGUUCCAGGAACGAAGGUUCUGCGUCCAAUAUUCGAGGUACUGAUACAUCCAAGCCAAACCUACACUAUCGGGACAAAGGUAAGACGACAUCCAGUCGUCGAGAGCAAGAUACUUUCAAAGUUGCCAAAAGCAACCGGACAAAAGAUACACUGUCUAGAAAAGUCGACUGCCCCGAUCACAAGCAUCAUAUCAUGUAUCCCAAUCUCGGGCCACCACCUUGCCGUGGAUGUGAUGAGACAGUCAUGGCUCAAGUUCGACACCAUCUCAACCGGACUAACCAUCGUGGCCGCCCAGGAGCUUGGCAGUGUUCCAUAUGCAAGCAGAAUUUCGACGACAAAUCUCUUUACAAUCUACACGUCAAUCCGAAUAGAUGUAGAUCCAGUCCUCAGCGUCGAGAUAUUGUCAGAGAAUGGGCGCGACUGUACAUGUUACGCUAUCCUGGAGCUACCAGGAUUCCCAGCCCCUGUAAGUCUACCAUUUUCAACGAUGAUAUCCUUUUGCUGAUGGCUGCUUGA